UCCUUAGCUAGCUGAAGUCUUAAAAGAUGUGAAAUACAUUCAAACGCUCAACAUUAACAUUCCAGUGGAAGCCAUGACUGUUUUUGAGAAACGUGACCUCUUCACAAAGUACGUGAUGAAUCUGCAGCUAGUUGUGCAGUGGUACAACAAACUCAAACAAACUAUUCUGGAAAUCGAGCUGCCGCUCAUCAGAGAUGAACUGGCUUCAGCAGACCAACUACUAAAAAGAGCCGAGACCGACUUGACGUGGCAAGACCAGGACUGCUGGGGUUUCAUAUGCCUGAUCAAAAACCAGGUCCAAGACCUUGUUGACCGAGCCAGUCGAGCAAAAGACAAUCGUGAUGCCGUGCAAUCGAUGAUGAAAAGUUGGAGCAAGCACACUAUGUUUUGCAGAAAGGACAACAAGAAAAUCUCCCUACUACAUCUUGAAGACAGGGGAGAACGUGUUAGCAAGAUUUAUAGCUCCAUAAAACAAGAUGGAGACUCCAUCCACAAGUUGGUGGAGGAGAACAUGAUGCUCUUCAAAGCAGACCCAACUUCACACGCUUGGCAGUCUUACAUGGACUACGUGGACGAGAUGGUGGUCGAAGGGCUCUUCGGCUACAUCGGCCACUCUCUCCAGUUCUUCGUGGACAACAUGGACUCAUAUCACAAGCAGGCUCCUCUUUUUGAGGCUCAGUUGAUGCUGACUGACUUGGGCAUGAUAUUCCACCCAUCUCUGCAGAGAGACGCAGGAGAUGGCUUUUAUGAGCUUGUAGAAGGGCUGGUUGGAGAUAUAUUUAAGGUGUCAAUACAUAUUAACAGGUUGUCUGCUGAUGUUAGCGUGGACAGCUAUCAGGAUGUAAUGGAAGACAUGCUGGAUCUGUUGGAUUUGCGCAAGGAAGUGAUGGAGAGAGUUGAGAACGUCCUCAACAAAGCCAUAUCUUACCAGACUCAGUUUGAUUGCUACGCUCAUUUGUGGCAAGGUGACCGAGCAGAAUUCCUCAGCCAGUUCCUUCUAUAUGCACGAGCGCUAACACCUGAAGAGGUGGAAGCUCACAGAGCUGAUAUUCUCCCAGAAAGUCCUCCUACCGUUGAUCACUUCAAAGAUCAGAUUGAUUAUUACGAGGAAUUGUACACUGAAACGUGCAAACUUGAAGACUCCAGGGUAUUUGAUGGAUGGUUUCGGGUGGACAUCAAAAACUUCAAAGUCAGCCUUCUGAACACGAUUAAGAAGUGGAGUUGGCUUUUUAAGGAGCACCUCUUGACAUAUGUCACAAACAGUCUUGAUGACCUUCAAGGAUUUGUCCGUACUACUGUUGAAGGGCUUGCUAAGUGUGUGCGUAAAGGAGACCAUCACAGUCUGGUGGAAGUCAUGAGUCACCUUCUCGCUAUUAGAGACAGACAAGUUGUCACCAACAAGAUGUUUGAGCCUCUAAGAGACACGGUAAUCCUCCUAGAACGGCACGGAGUGACCAUACCGGACAAAGUCUAUUUACAGAUGGAGGAACUCCCUGAAAAAUGGAACGGGGCUAAAAAAAUGUCCUUAAAAGUCAGGCAUGAGAUGGCCCCUAUGCAAAAUGAAGAAGCCAUGGUUUUACGAAGACACUGCUUGGAAUUUGAGGUGAAACAAAGUCAAUUCAGGGACAACUUCAGAGCAACAGCACCGUUCAAUUACAACACAUCUCAUCCCUACGUUAAUCUGGAUAAAUCUGAAGAAGCAAUCCGAGACAUGGACAAAGAGUUGUCAGCUUUGCAGGAGUCAACAAAUUUAUUCGACGUCACAAUCCCUGACUAUAAAGACAUGAAGCUCUGCAAACGAGAGAUCGUUAUUCUCAAAGAACUGUGGGACAUGGUCAUAUUUGUUCAGACCAACGUGGACCACUGGACAAAGAGCAAAUGGAGGCAGAUAAACGUAGAGCAGAUGGAUAUAGAAUUAAGGGGCUUUGCAAAGGAUAUGCGAAAGCUUGACAAAGAGGCUCGUGUAUGGAACGUGUAUUCCGGCUUGGACCUUAUGGUGAAGAACCUGUUGACGUCACUGCGAGCUGUGAGCCAGCUACAGAACCUCGCGAUACGAGAGCGCCACUGGGUGCAACUAAUAAAGACAAUGCAGAUGAACUUCACUGUGACCGAUUGUACCACCUUGGCAGACCUCUUGGCUCUGCAACUUCAUCUUUACGAGGAAGAAGUUCGUAACACCGUGGAUAAGGCAGUGAAAGAAAUGGCUAUUGAGAAGGUUGUGAGUGAAAUUAGUCAAAUAUGGGCGUCAAUGGAGCUUUCAUAUGAAGACCAUUACCAAACCUCUAUCCCUCUUCUUAAAUGUGAUGAGGAGCUCAUUGAGACUCUUGAGGAACAUCAGGUUCAGCUCCAGGGCAUCUUUCAAAGCAAGCACAUUCAUCACUUUCUGGUUGAAGUUGUGGAGCUUCAGAGACAGCUGACAGUGGCUGAUGCAGUGCUGAUGGUGUGGAUGGAGGUGCAGAGGACGUGGGCCUAUUUAGAGAGUAUCUUUAAAGGCUGUGAUGAUAUUUGCCAGCAACUUCCAACAGAUGCACACCGAUUCCAAAUGAUAGAUGCUGAAUUUCAGGAAUUAAUGUUGGCCAGUGCAAAAACCAAACAUGUGAUUGAAGCCACCAAUAAACCGAAACUCUUUGAAAUGUUAGAAGAGCUUCAGAGAAGGCUGGCCUUAUGUGAAAAGGCUCUUGCUGAAUACCUGGAGACCAAAAGACUUGCAUUUCCGAGGUUCUACUUUAUAUCUUCUGCAGACUUGUUGGAUAUUCUCUCGAAAGGAAGCCGCCCCAAAGAUGUAACAUGCCACCUCUCAAAACUAUUUGAUAAUAUGUCUGAUCUGGAAUUCUGCAAGAAUCGCUCAAAACUUGCUGUGGGCAUGUACAGCAAAGAAAGGGAGUACGUACCAUUCCAGAAGGAAUGUUUCUGUAAUGGAGUGGUGGAGGGAUGGCUUGCCUGUCUGGAGGAGUCCAUGAGGGAAACCGUUCGGGGUCACCUGUCUGAGGCUGUGUCGGUGUAUGAGGAAAGGCCCAGAGAGCAGUGGAUUCUUGACUUCCCGGCCCAAGUUGCUCUGACUGCAUCACAGAUAUGGUGGAGUAACGACGUGGAGCUGGUUUUCAAACGACUAGAAGAAGGAUUUGAGUCUGCUCUUAAAGACUACAACAAAAAACAGGUUGCUCAGCUAAACGUGCUGAUUAAUUUGCUGUUGGGCGAGCUGAGUCAAGAGAACAGACAGAAGAUCAUGACUAUUUGCACCAUCGACGUUCAUGCGAGAGAUGUUGUGGCCGGCUUGAUUGCCCAAAAGGUCACCACCUCACAGGCCUUCCAGUGGCUUUCCCAUCUCCGACAUUGCUGGAACGAGCAGCAGCGCCACUGUUUCAUUAACAUUUGCGAUGCCCAGUUCCCGUACCUUUACGAAUAUCUUGGAAACACUCCACGUCUUGUCAUCACGCCCCUCACAGAUCGUUGCUACAUCACGCUGACUCAGUCACUGCACCUGACCAUGAGUGGAGCACCAGCAGGUCCUGCUGGAACUGGCAAAACGGAAACCACAAAGGAUCUCGGCCGAGCAAUGGGUGUCAUGGUCUACAUCUUUAACUGUUCUGAGCAGAUGGACUACAGGUCAACAGGCAACAUCUACAAAGGUUUGGCCCAGACUGGAGCAUGGGGCUGCUUCGAUGAAUUCAAUCGCAUCUCUGUGGAGGUUUUGUCUGUGGUUGCCGUGCAGGUGAAAACGAUCCAGGAUGCCAUCCGAGCUAAAAAGAAAAGAUUCUUUUUCCUGAAUACAGAAAUUCUUUUAAAGCCCUCUGUGGGGAUCUUCAUUACAAUGAAUCCAGGCUAUGCAGGAAGGGCAGAACUACCUGAGAACCUCAAAGCGUUGUUUAGACCCUGCGCAAUGGUGGUACCGGAUAUUGAGCUCAUCUGUGAGAUCAUGUUGGUGGCAGAAGGCUUCUGCGGUGCCAAGCUUCUAGCCAGGAGGUUUACUUCUCUUUACACUCUGUGCAAAGAGCUUCUUUCCAAGCAGGACCACUACGAUUGGGGGUUACGAGCUGUCAAGUCUGUUUUGGUUGUGGCUGGUGCACUCAGGAGAAGAGACAAGACAAGACCUGAGGAUCAGGUGUUGAUGCGGGCGCUGAGGGAUUUCAACAUGCCCAAAAUUGUGACUGAUGAUGUUCCCAUCUUCCUUGGAUUGCUGCGAGAUUUAUUUCCUGGCCUGGAAGUAGAGAGAGAAAGAGACUGGGACUUUGAAAAGGAAGUCAGAAAUACCACUGUUUCUCUCCGACUCCAGCCAGAGGAUGCUUUCAUUCUCAAGGUGAUGCAGUUGGUGGAACUUAUGGCUGUGCGUCAUUCUGUCUUUGUUGUUGGAAAUGCUGGAACUGGGAAAAGCUCGAUAUUGAGAGUUCUCCAUAAAACGUACGUAAACCUGAAGCGGAAACCUGUCUGGAAUGACCUCAAUCCAAAAGCAGUUGACAGAGAUGAAUUGUUUGGCUUCAUCCAUCCUGUAACUCGAGAAUGGAAAGACGGUUUGCUUUCAUCGCUGAUGCGAGAGCAAGCAAACAUGUCCAACCUCGGACCUAAGUGGAUUGUGUUGGAUGGAGACAUCGAUCCGAUGUGGAUUGAAUCACUCAACACGGUGAUGGAUGACAACAAGGUGCUGACUCUGGCUAGCAAUGAGCGGGUGCCACUCACCUCAUCCAUGAGGCUUGUUUUUGAAAUUAGUCACCUGAGAGCAGCCACUCCUGCCACUGUGUCCAGAGCAGGAAUCCUCUACAUCAACCAGCAAGACCUGGGAUGGAAUCCAUACGUUGCCAGUUGGAUUGACCAACGACAGCGGCAAACAGAAAGGGCUCACUUAACCAUACUGUUUGAAAAAUAUGUUCCGCGUUGUCUUGACAAGAUGAGAAACACCUUCAAGACAAUAACUCCAAUUCCUGAGAACUCUCUCGUGCAGACACUCUGCACUUUGCUGGAGUGCCUUCUAACCUCAGAAAAUAUUCCAUCCGACUCUCCAAGGGAGCUUUAUGAGACCUAUUUUGUUUUUGCUUGCAUUUGGGCCUUUGGAGGGGCCUUGUGUCAAGACCAGCUCUUUGAUUACCGGGUCGAGUUCAGUAAGUGGUGGACCAAAGAAAUGAAGACGGUGAAACUUCCAACACAGGGAACAGUGUUUGACUUCUACAUUGAUGCUCAAACCAAACGAUUUCUUCCUUGGACUGACAUUGUGCCUCCUUUUGAAAUGGAAACUGGCACACCAUUACAAGCUGUUCUGGUACACACAGCAGAGACUCUACGUCUUCGUUACUUCAUGGACUUGUUGCUGGAGCGGAGACAGCCGCUGAUGCUUGUAGGAAAUGCUGGAGUGGGGAAAACUGCACUUGUCAGGAACAAGUUAGAUGGUUUGCCAGAGAGUUUCACGACUACAAAAAUAUCCUUCAACUACUAUAUAACCUCCCUGGCACUGCAGGAGAUCCUGGAGCGUCAAUUAGAAAAAAGAGCAGGUAGGAGCUACGCACCUGCAGGCAGCAGAAGGCUGGUGUACUUCAUCGAUGAUCUCAACAUGCCCGCCGUUGACACAUAUGGAACAGUGCAACCGCACACCCUCAUAAGGCAGCAUCUGGAUUACGGGCACUGGUACGAUAGACAGAAGUUGUCCUUAAAAGAAAUAUACAACGUGCAAUAUGUUGCCUGUAUGAACCCAACCGCUGGGAGCUUCACUAUCAACCCUAGACUUCAGAGACAUUUCUCCGUAUUUGCCGUGAACUUUCCUUCAUCCGAGGCGCUGAUGUCCAUCUUUGGACAGAUCUUGAGCUGUCAUCUAACGCAGCAACAUUUCAGUUUGCCGGUUCAGAAAAGCGUUACAUCUGUAGUUCAGGCUGCAGUGAAGCUCCAUCACAAGAUGGAGCUCAGCUUUCUACCAACAGCCAUCAAAUUUCACUAUACAUUCAACAUGAGAGAUAUGUCGAACAUCUUUCAGGGCAUCCUCUUUGCUGAGCCGGAAAAUGUGCAAAACAGCACCGAUCUUGCUCUUCUGUGGCUCCACGAGUCCUGCAGAGUCUAUUCCGACAGGUUCUUAGAUGUCAAAGAUGUACAGGUCUUUCGGAAGCUCCAGAUGGAAACUCUGCAUGAGUGCUUUGAGGCACUUGAGGAGGAAAAGUUGACCAAGCAACCCUUAAUCUUUUGUCACUUUGGUCAAACGGGCAAGGAAUCGUCUUACACGACUGUCACGGACUGGUUUGUGCUCAGAACCAUCCUCACUGAUGCUCUGGACAGCUACAAUGAACUUAAUGCUGCUAUGAAUCUUGUGCUGUUUGAGGACGCAAUGCAACAUGUCUGUCGCAUUAGUCGCAUUUUGGAGUCUCCCGGCAGUCACGGCUUACUGAUUGGUGUCGGGGGCAGUGGGAAGCAGAGCCUCACUCGUCUGGCUGCUUACAUUUCCUCGGUGGAAAUCUUCCAAAGCACUUUACACAAAGGUUACAGCAUCCAGGACUUCAAGAUGGAUCUUGCGGGUUUGUUCUUAAAGACCGGCGUUAAGAAUCAGCGUGUAGCUCUCCUUGUGACUGAUGCACAAAUACCCGAUGAGCGAUUUCUGGUCGUUGUUAAUGACUUACUGUCAUCAGGAGAAAUUCCUGAAGUCUUCAGUGAGGAGGAAAUUGAAGGGAUUGUGUCCGGUGUGAAAACGGAGGUCCGAGCUCUUGGGCUGCUUGACAACAGGGAGAACUGCUGGAGGUUCUUUACUGACAGAGUCCGGCUUCAACUGACGGUGGUGUUGUGUUUGUCCCCAGUGGGAAGCGAGCUCCGACGAAGGGCCCGUCGAUUCCCCGCUCUCAUCCAGUGUACCACCAUCGACUGGUUUCAUCCAUGGAGCUCGGAAGCUUUGCAGUCAGUCAGCUAUAGAUUUAUCCAAGAGAUUGAUGACAUUGAGCCUGCUGUCCAGGAAUCCAUCAGUCUUUUCAUGGCCUACGUUCAUACCAGUGUCAACCAAGCAAGUGAAAAAUACCAGCGCGAUGAGAAGAGGCACAAUUACACCACCCCCAAGAGCUUUCUCCAGCAAAUCACCCUGUACAGGAACCUUCUGCAAAAGUCUCGGGCCCAGCUCCAGCACAAGAUGAACCGCCUUGACAGUGGCCUUCAAAAGCUCCAAAGCACUGCUGCUCAGGUUGAGGACCUGAAAGCCAAACUGGCAGAUCAGGAAUCUGAUUUGACCAUUAAGAAUCAAAAUAUUGAGGCUCUUAUUACAAAGAUUGGACUCCAGACGGAGAAGGUUAGCAGCAAAAAAGAGGCAGCUGAUGUUGAGGCUCAAAAGGUUUCUCUCAUUCAGGCAGAAGUGUCCAUCAAACAACAGGAAUGUGAGCAAGACCUUGCCAAAGCCGAGCCAUUGCUGACAGCCGCCACCACGGCGCUGAACACCCUCAACAAGGUAAAUCUUACUGAACUGAAGGCCUUCCCCAACCCUCCCCCGGCAGUCAUCAACGUAGCGGCAGCCGUGAUGGUUCUACUAGCUCCACGCGGCCGGGUUCCUAAGGAUCGGAGCUGGAAAGCGGCACGGGCCUUCAUGGGCAAGGUGGAUGAUUUUCUGCAGGCCUUGGUCUCAUAUGACAAGGAGCACAUCCACGAGUCCUGCUUGAAUGUGGUCAAACAGUGUUACCUUAAAAAGUCAGACUUCCAACCGGAUCAAGUGAGGACCAAAUCUACAGCCGCUGCAGGACUUUGCGCCUGGACAAUCAACAUUGUUCGCUAUUAUGAGAUUUAUUGUGAGGUCAUUCCAAAGAGGCUUGCUUUAGCUCAAGCUAAUGCUGAACUAGAAAAUGCAACAAGUAAACUGCUUGCUGUCCAAAAGAAGUUGAUCGAUUUGGAUGCAAAUCUGCAGAAUCUCACAGCUCAGUUUGAAAGUGCGACAGCUGAAAAAAUCAGCUGUCAACAAGAUGUAACCCGCACUAACCAGACCAUAGAGUUGGCUAACCGACUCGUCAGGGGCUUAGAGUCGGAGAAGAAGCGUUGGUCACGGACGCUUGUUCAGUAUAAGGAGCAACAAAAAACCCUGUGCGGGGAUGUGGCCCUCACUUCAGCAUUUGUCUCCUACGUGGGUUACUUCACCAUGCAGUAUCGUGCUGAACUCUACAGUGAAAAAUGGAUCCCGUUUCUCCAAUCUCAGAAGGUCUCUGUGCCGCUGACAGAUGGCCUGGAUCCCAUCCUCAUGCUUACAGAUGAUGCCACUGUGGCUGCUUGGCAUAACCAGGGUCUGCCAAGUGAUAGGAUGUCAACGGAAAACGCUGCCAUCCUGACCACCAGCGAGCGCUGGCCACUCAUGGUCGAUCCACAGCGGCAAGGCAUCAAGUGGAUACGAAGCCAGAAAGGCUCUGAGCUGAGGGUGGUGCAACAGGGAGAGAAAGGGUACAUUGAUGUAAUUGAAGCGGCACUAGCCUGUGGUGAAACUGUUCUUAUUGAGAAUGUGUCAGAAAAAUUCGACCCUGUUUUGGAGCCUCUCUUGGGCAAAAACACCAUCAAAAGAGGACGGUACAUUCAGAUCGGCGGCAAGGAAUGUGAAUACAAUAGUAGCUUCCGUCUUAUUCUGCACACCAAACUGGCCAAUCCUCAUUUUCCUCCUGAGCUCCAGGCUCAAACAACCCUCAUCAACUUCACCGUGACUCCAACUGGACUGGAGGAGCAACUGCUGGGACAAGUAGUAUCCCGGGAAAGACCUGACCUUGAAGACCUGAAGAUGGAUCUGACCAGGCAGCAGAACCACUUUAAGAUUGAGCUGAAAAGGUUGGAGGAUGACCUGCUGAGUCGCCUGUCUUCAGCCUGUGGUAAUUUCCUGGGUGAUAUUUCUCUAGUGGAGCAACUUGAAAUCACCAAGACCACAGCUGCCCAAAUUCAAGACAAAGUGGUGGAGGCCCGAGAGAAUGAGACAAAGAUCAACGAGGCUCGGGAAAUAUACCGCCCUGCUGCUGAGAGAGCAUCACUCCUCUUCUUCAUCAUCAAUGACCUCAACAAGAUUAACCCCAUGUAUCAGUUUUCUCUCAAGAGUUUUAUCUCGGUAUUUAGCAAAGCGAUGGAGCACGUGGAAUGUGAGGAGGACGUGAGCAGCAGAGUGGCCGCUCUCACCGAGGCCAUCACCUAUUCUGUAUUCCUCUACACCAGCCAGGGCCUGUUUGAGAGAGACAAGUUAACCUUCUUGUCACACGCUGCCUUCCAGAUUCAGCUCAAGCAGAACCUGAUUGAUGCACAGGAGUUUGACUUUCUUCUGCGUUUCCCCGUGGAAGUUAGCAAAGUUAGCCCUGUGUCCUUCCUGUCGCCACAAGCCUGGGGAGCCAUUAAGACUAUUUCUUCAAUGGAGAAGUUUAACGGACUGGACCGAGACAUUGAAAGUUCACACAAGCGCUGGAGGAAGAUUGUUGAAUCCAGUUGUCCGGAAAAAGAAAGACUUCCUCAGGACUGGAAAAAUAAGAGUUGCAUUCAGAAGCUUAUCAUCCUGAGAGCUUUGCGCCCUGACCGGGUGAUGUACAUGCUAAGGAAUUUUGUGGUGGACUGCAUGGGAGCAAAAUAUGUAGAGAAUGCAAGGUUGGAAUUUGACAAGUUGUAUGAAAGUAGCAGCCCCUCAACUCCUGUGUUUUUCAUCCUCUCACCUGGUGUCAAUCCUCUCAAAGAUGUAGAGAAACUAGGAUUGACGCUGGGAAUGUCAAUUGAAUCGGGCAAUCUGCACAAUGUUUCACUGGGACAAGGGCAGGAAGACGUCGCUGAAAAGAUGCUCGAGAAUUCAUCUAAACUUGGACAUUGGGUCAUUCUGCAGAAUGUUCACCUGGUAGCACGCUGGCUUCCUACUCUUGAAGCUCUACUGGAAAGAGAGGCUCUGGAUAGUCACCCCAGUUUCAGAGUGUUCAUCACCGGGGAACCAGCACCCUGCCCCGAGCAGCACGUUAUACCCAGAGGCAUUCUCGAGAAUGCGAUUAAAAUCACCAGCGAGCCUCCCACUGGGAUGAAUCCCAGUCUACAUGCAGCUCUGAACAACUUCACUCAAGACACUCUGGAAAUGUGCUCAAGAGAACAGGAAUUCAAUUCCAUGUUCUUUUCCCUCUGCUUCUUUCACGCUUGUGUCACCGAGCGCAGAAGAUUUGGCCCUCAAGGCUGGAACCAUAAGUAUCCCUUUAGCACUGGGGACCUUACCAUCUCAGCAAAUAUUUUGUUCAACUACUUAGAAUCCAACACCAAGGUGCCAUGGGAGGAUCUGUGCUAUCUCUUUGGGGAGAUCAUGUAUGGUGGACACAUUACUAAUAACUGGGACAGAAGGCUGUGUAAGGCCUACCUGCAAGAGUUUAUGCAACCCAAAAUGUUUGAAGGGGAGCUCUUCCUGUGUCCUGGGUUCAUGGCUCCUCCCUUCAUGGACCACAGCGGGUACCAUGCCUAUAUCGAUGAACACCUUCCACCCGAGAACCCCGCCUUGUACGGCCUGCAUCCAAAUGCAGAGCUCGAGUGCCUCACGCUCACCUCGGACAACCUGUUCAAGACUCUGCUGGUGCUGCAACCUCAGGACUCCUCCGGAGCAGAAGGGGCAGUCUUGACCACAGAGGAGAAGGUUAAGGCUAUGAUUGAAGAUCUUCUGGACAAGCUUCCUGAUCAGUACAACAUGGCAGAGAUGUUGGUUAAGGUAGCAGAGCGAAGCCCGUACAUUUCAGUGUGUUUACAAGAAUGUGAACGCAUGAAUCUCCUCCUGGGGGAAGUGAGGAAGUCCCUUGAUGAACUCGAUCUUGGCCUGAAGGGAGAGCUCACUGUCUCUUCCGGUAUGGAGACUCUGCAGUCAGCUUUGUUUAAUGAUGCCGUGCCAGAUUCCUGGGCCAGAUUGGCUUAUGCCUCCACCAAAACGCUAACACGAUGGUUUAGUGAUAUUAGGUGUAGCUGUCGUGACCUGGACAGCUGGACACAGGACUUUGUUCUACCUGCUGUUGUUUGGCUCUCGGGCCUCUUCAACCCACAGGCUUUCCUCACUGCCAUUCUGCAGAGCAUUGCUCGUAAGAAUCAGUGGCCCCUGGAUAAGAUGACGUUGACUGCUGAUGUGACCAAGAAGACAAAAGACGAUUUUGGACAUCCACCACGGGAAGGGGCCUACAUCCAUGGCCUCUUCAUCGAAGGAGCACGUUGGGAUACUCAGUCGGGAGUCAUUGCAGAAGCAGUUUUGAGGGAUCUCACCCCUCCCAUGCCGGUGUUGUAUGUACGAGCCGUACCGGCGGAAGAGCAGGAGCUCAAAAACACUUAUGAGUGUCCCGUGUACCGCACGAAAGAUCGCGGAUCCACGUAUGUUUGGACUUUUUACCUCCGAAACAGACAACCUCCUGCUAAGUGGAUUUUAGCUGGUGUGGCUCUGCUGCUUUCAGUGUGACACCAAAUGGAACUGCAAAUACCGGUAGUAUUAUUUCUGCCUAAAGUAUUAUGAUGAAAUAUUUUUGCAUGUUGAAAACAAUUUGUUUGUAUUCAUCCAUGUUUUUUUUAUAUAUUUUAAUUAGACUCAAGCUUCUAUU